AUGGCCUCUGUCUCCAAGCUCACCUGCAUCUACUCAGCCCUCAUUCUGCACGACGAUGAGAUGACCAUCACGGAGAAUAAGAUCAAUGGCCUCAUUAAAGCAGCCGGUGUAAAUGUUGAACGUUUUUGGCCUGGCUUGUUUGCAAAGGCCCUGGCCAACAUCAACAUUGGGAGCCUCAUCUGCUAUGUAAGGGCUGGUGGACCUGCUCCAGCAGCUGGUGCUGCACCAGCAGGAGCUCCUGCCCCCUCCACAGCUGCUGCUCCAGCUGAGGAGAAGAAAGUGGAAGCGAAGAAAGAAGAAUACAAGGAGUCUGGUGAUGGCAUGGGCUGUGUUGGCACCGAAGGUCCCAAUGGCCUCUUCGACGUGGCCUCGCCCGAUGGCUCCGCGGCUCCUGAGGACUCCUGUGGAGUGGUCCAGGCCUCUGUAAGGAGGUUCCUCGAUUACCCUGGGUUGAUUGUGACCUCUGCCACCCCCCGAAACACCGCUCAACCCACUAGUCCACACAAGCCUCACCAAAGUAGUGAACAACCAGACGACACAAAGGAAAAAGUGGCUCUGAGGCAAUAG